UAAAGAUAGGGGCGGUAACCGUGGUUUGGUGUGACGUCUGAUUCGUGUUUUGUUCAGAAAAUCAUAUGUGUACCGUGGAAGCUUCAAGAAGCACCGAAGCGACCCGAACCCGCGGUCAGUAUGUAUGUACAUAGGUUGACCGUUGAACGCCGGUUUGGCCAAGGUUUGGCCUGCAGCGACACCUCCAUUGGGAUGAACGGAAGGUUCUGUCUGGUUCCGUCAACUGCCAGACAUCAGCAGAAAAGAGAUCAAACGAGAAAAAUGUACAAUUAGCGGUUGUGUGACACGAUAAUUUCUUUAUAUGUAAUGCGUGAGAUGCAUCCGUAGUGCGUUUGCGGCAAGGCUAUAAAACCGUUUGCGGCCAGUGGAAACGUGGAAACUUUCGCACUGUCAAUGACGUCAUUGAUUCAAGUCUGGGGAAAAGAACUUGAUGAAGUGGAAAUUACAGACCUUGAUAUCGACAUGUUUUCUUUCGAAUUAUUCUUUUUCGAAGCGAUUUUCUUGUGUUGCUUUUCGAAAUUCGAUUGGUUGGGCAUAUUUUGCGCAAGGAACCAUGCAGUAAAUACCUCUGGAGGCACUGAAGUCCACUCUACCUGCUGUUUUUCAUCUCAUUGAAGCUACCUGCUACCCACAACCCAGUAAGUGUUUUGGUUCCUCUUGUUGCCACUCUUGUCCUCCAUCCUCCCCAAAUGGCAAUCAAAUCUUCCUCUAAGGUGGCGCCAUAUGCCUUUGACUAUUCACGUGGCGAGGUAUGGAUGGGACACAUCCUAAAACUGCUCUACCGCUUGGUGGGAAUGUUCUCUGAUCUGGUUUUUGGACUGGUCUACAAUAAUCGCACUGAGCCACUGCCACCAAUCCGUGAUCUGGUGCUGCUUGAGAGCACGGCCAGCCUUGCACUGAAGAUCCGUCAGGGCCACCUGCGCAGUGAGGAGGUGGUGCGCUCGUUCAUGGAGCGCAUAGAACAGGUGAACCCAGUGCUCAACUGCGUCACUGAGCACCGGUUUGAGGCAGCGCUGGAGGAGGCACGUGCCGCCGAUGCGCUGGUGGCCAGCGGCACCCGCUCUGAGGCCGACCUCGAGCGCGACACGCCCUUCCUGGGCGUGCCAUUCACCGCCAAGGACUCGAUCGCCAUCGCCGGGAUGCGGCACACGGUCGGGCUGUGGGCGCGCCGGGACGUGGUGGCCGACGAGGACGCCGAGGCGGUGCGGCUGCUGCGCCGCGCCGGCGCCAUCCCGCUGGCGCACACCAACGUGCCCGAGCUGUGCAUGUGGUGGGAGACCUCCAACCGCAUCUAUGGCCGCUCGUGCAACCCGUACGUGACGAGCCGCAUCACGGGCGGCAGCAGCGGCGGCGAGGCGGCGCUGCUGGCCGCCGCCGGCAGCCCGUUCGGCCUCGGCUCCGACAUCGGCGGCUCCAUCCGCAUGCCGUGCUUCUUCAACGGCAUCUUCGGCCACAAACCGACGUCGAACGUGGUGUCGAACGUGGGUCAGCUGCCUCUGGCCACCGGCGAGCUGAACACGUUCCUGGUGACGGGCCCGAUGUGCCGGCACGCCGGUGACCUGCUGCCGCUGUACCGGGUCAUCGCCGCGCCGGCCGCCCACCAGCUGAGCCUGGACCGGCCGGCGCGCGCCGCCCACCUGCGCUACUUCCUGGCAGAGGACGACGGCGGCUUCCCGUUGGCCAGUCCCGUACACGGCGACAUCCGCAGCGCGAUGCGUCGCGCCGCCCGCCUGCUGGAGGCCGCCCACGGCGUGCGCGUGCGACCGCUCCGACUGCGGUCCAUGUUCCACCAGCUGGAGAUCUGGGCGCACAAGAUGGCCGCCGUGACGGAGGCGCCGCCGUUCGCGGCCGAGCUGCGCGAGCGUCGCGGCGCCAUCCGGCCUGGCUGGGAGCUGAUCAAGUGGUGUCUGAUGCUGUCGGAGCACACGCUGCCGGCCAUCGUGCUGGCGCUGACCGAGCACGGCCUGUCGCCCGACUCGGAGCACGGCCGCCGCUGCCUGCGGCUCUGCGAGACGCUCAAACUCGAGCUGGAGACGGCGCUCGGCGAGGACGGCGUGCUGCUCUACCCGACCCACCCGACGCCGGCGCCCUACCACAUCCAGCCGCUCUUCAAGGGCUUCAACUUCGCCUACACCUCCAUCUUCAACGUGCUGGAGCUGCCUGUGACGCAGGUGCCGCUGGGCCUGGGCUCGUGGGGCGUGCCGGUCGGCCUGCAGGUGGUAGCCGGCCGCGGCCGCGACCAUCUCAGCCUGGCAGUGGCCUCCGAGCUCGAGCGGCUGGCCGGCGGCUGGGUCAGCCCGUCAAAGAUCGAGUGAGUACUGAGCGGUGACAUCGAUCAAUAGCCCCUGUAGAGGGAGGAUGACUCUUGAAAUCUUAGGCAGUCAUCAAUACCAGCUUUACCAGUUUACCAGUAUCUUAUCACUUGGUACUCGGGAUGAUUCUGACCGCAUUCGACCUUCAUUAGCAUAUACCUAUUAGCCAGUGCAGUCGAUGAAUUUUUGACAAAUUGCUAUUUCUAGACGUACAUUCGGAUCCAUUACAGUCAUUGAGGAGCUGACGAUUGCAAUGAGUCAGUGGGCUAGUGGAAUGUAGGUUAAUCGCUUGGUGUCCUUAUUUUACCAGUUUCUGCCAUUAUCUCCAGUUGUUACCAUGUGGUGGCAUGACUCGCGACAUGAGGAUACAUCUGUUGUGAAUCGGCCGGCUGGUGCUGGAGCUGGGUCACGGUAGUCGGUAGAAAGUUGUUUAAUCCUCACUCACCUGACCGCGUGCGUCACAUGCAUGCCGCGCGAUCGCCGGACUGUUGAUUAAAUACGUGUUUGAGAAUUUAUGAUUGUUAACACGUUUUAAUCUGCAGUGGUGCUUUCAAAAUGUCAGCGUCCUAUAGCACUGCCAUGACAGUUGAUUGAUAAAUGCCUUGCUAUUACAGCUUGUAGCAUCUUUGUUGCGUAGUUGGACUGUUGGUGCAGUUGAUUAUGCCAGAAUGCACAACUCAUCAGGGCCUUGUGAGUACGGUUCACGAUGUGAUGCUGGUAUCGGGUCUUAUGUAACCGGUGUGUGGUGUGGCGUCUUGUCCAGGAAUUUGUACUUGUAGCGUUAGGUAAGGGUCAGGAUUGUACGUUAUCAGCGUGCAAUGCGAUUCGUGCUCAUACGGGCUUAAGGUGCUUUAUCGGGACGGUAUAGUGUCGUUGGUACGAUGUGGAUAGGUGUAUGGGUGCUGGAAUUAACUGGAGUUUCUGGAGAGCUGGGUGCAUUUCACGUCAGUGGGCAUGUUGUGAUCCUAUGUCGUAGAGCCGAGCAACAACGCUGGUUUUGUAUGGAGAUUAUUUUUGGUGUGUAGCUUUCGAUGGAUAGUUUUUCUGCGCUAUGGUUCAGCUGUAUGGUGCUUCCACAUUAUACGUAGUGUGCAUCACCCCGUGCCUCUUGUCGGUCCGCGGAGGCGGCGGUGGAUGGUGGAUUGAAAGUUUUGUCUCGUGGUCACUACCGACUUGCGUCGUGUGCUAGACUUGAGCUCAACUCUGCUACCUUUACUACGCUAGGCACCAGAUUGCAAACGGGCCUCAGCUAAAUCAUUGCCAGUUUUCAACUAUGCUCUGCUAUGGAACCGUUGUAAUCCAUCGCUGCAUUACCUGAACUGAGUGUGCGUAUCUACCAUAUAUGCACCUCCACCGUGACCUGCCAGUCUGUUUUGAUCUGCUAAAUAACGCGCUGAUUUAUUUUGUUCAAUAAAUGGAGCCAGAA